AUGGGAAGGGGUAGGCGGAGGAGGAGGAGGCAGGAGGAGGAGGAGUACCACCCGUCGGCCCUCACCACCGAGGACCUCCGCAGCGGCCAAGCUUUCCAGGGCAUCAUGAACGAGGCCUGGGGUGCAGCACGUCGCCGGGGUCAGGCCGGGCGACAGGGGGUGCCUGAAGGAGUGCCUCCGCCCGCUGGUCGACCAGCCUCCGGAGACGAGCCGCCCGGCCCCGAGCUGCGGAAGGUCGAGGAGGCCUUCGCGAACAGCAUCAUGGCGAACAAGAUCAUAGCCACGGUCAAGGGCAUCGACGUGGCCGCGAGCGAGGCCAACGCGUGGACGCUCACCGGCGCCAUGCCCACCACCUUCGAGGUGGCCAUGGCCGAGAGCGGCAAGAUGGGCGGGACAAAGGACAAAUUGGGCUUCAGCGCCGUCGCCGUGCACAUGCAGGACAAGGCCUACAUGGCGUGCGCGGAGUCCCGCAGAUUGUUCAAGACGCUGCUCGACGCCGCCGUGCCGCUGGGGCAGUCCACGCAGUUCUUCGAGCCCGUGCUCCUGCCCUGCGAGCUGUGGCACUCGCGGAGCUUCAGCCACCACCCCGAGUUCCGCAAGCACGGCCUGUCGUACUGGUCCUUCAAGUCCCUGGACGACCCGCGGGCGCUCGGUCACCCCCUGACGCUCUGGCCUUGGCCCCACGCCAAUCUCUUCUUCCUUUACUACCGCACGGAGUUCGGCGCGCCUUCGGUGGACUGGAGUUUCACCACCGAGGCGAGGCUGAGCAUCUCGGAGCCUGCCGCUGAGGCCGGAGGAUCUGGCGCCCACGAGCUACGUGGUCGUGGGCGGCGGCGCGCGGGGAAAGAAGCAGGCCAUGCAGGCUCUCCGGUGCGGCCGCCCGCUCAUCCUCGUGGACAACACCCCCGGAGUGGCGAAGCAGCUCAGCUUGCUGCUCGAGGUGAUCAAGAGCACCCACCGCUGCGACCGGGCGGCCUGCGAGGGCCUGCUGGUGGACGGCCGCGACGGGCGGCUGUCAAGGACACCAUCGCAGCUGGAGCUGCUGCAGAGCCUGUCGCCCUCCAAGGUGUUGAAGCACGUGGAGGCGGCCUACAGGCCGCUGGCGAUGGAGACUGGGGCGCGCCUCACACUGAGCGAUGUGGUCGCCCUGAUCGACCAGGCGCGGCAGACGCCGUGCCACUUCCGAGAGCCGGUGUGCGUCGUGGACCCGUUGGGGGAGUUGGAGGGCGUCGCUCAGGAGGUCGGCACCGCCCUGUCUACCGUCUUCUUGGACCUGUCUGGCUGGUCUGGCAACUCCGGGCAGGCUGGCAGCUGCACGCCAAGCUGCUGUGCAGCGGGCGCCGCCUCCGCCUCCUCGCCGGGAGCGCAGAGCUCUUCGCCGCCCUCAUGCUGAGCGCGUCCGCCCUCUUCAGCGUGCUCGUGAUCCACCAGGAGCUCCAGAGGAUGCUGCUCAAAGAGGACAUGCUCCUGGGCUACCUGCAGCACGCUGGAGGUGCAGCGUGCCAGGGGGAGGCCUGCUUCUCCUCCUCCGUCGCGUUCGCCAUCCGCUGCGGCAUGCUGGCGUGCCCAAUGGCCGCUGGGGUUGCGAUGACUCUGCUGAGCCACUUCCAGCUCGCGCAGAAGUGGGGCCACGUCAACCUGGCCUCACACCAGGUAGUGGCUGAGAUCUACCAGUUCCUGGCCGGCGUUGGACAGUCGGAGGACCCCUCCAUGGACCGAAAGCGCUUCCUGCACCGGCUGCAGAGCAUCGUGAAGGACUUGUCGCUGGCCCACAGCGAGGACGACCACGCCCUGUCGGGGAGCUCCGCGGACGGCUUCCUCUCCGACCCGAGGGAGCUGCAGCGGCAC